AUCUGCUAGCUCUCAAUCAUCAGUUUGGUUUCUGCUUAAUCCGGAUACCUUGAGCAAUCCCGGUUGCUUCUUACAAAUGGAGGAUGUUGAAGACAAACCAACUUCAAAAUUCUCAUCAAGAAGUGCUGAACUGAAGCCAAUGGCAGAAACCCCUGAGGAAAAUACUGAAGUGAUAAACCCACCCAGUAAUCGGUCUUCCAUUGAAGCUCCAAUCAACCCACUUAGUAAUAGUAUAGUGGAGCCUGGCACUCAUUUGCCAAUGACCGAGUUCUCUGAAUCAGCAAAGUCACCAAAUGCUUCUGAUGGUCAAAAUGUAGGACAAGAUGCAUAUCUUUCCAUAGAUAAUUCAGCUUCAACCCCAAAAGCUACAAUUCAUGGAACAGAAGAAAGCCACCAGGAAGCCGUGGCAGCAGAUUCCGAACCAGGAGCUUUAUUAGAUGUCUUUAACAGACAGCAGGAUGGUGGUUCUACUGUCACUGCUAGCAGUGAUGUUGAUAAUCUGAUUACACUCUUGACUUCCUCUUCCGAAACAAAAGAAUUGCAGAGUGACCACAAAGAACUAAAGAUAGACCAACCUCAAACCAAGAAUACUGAUGUUCCCAUUGUUAAUUCAGCUUCAACUCCAAAUGCUACGGUACAGGUAACAGAAGAAAGCCACCACAGAGAUGUGGCUGCAGAUUCUGAACCAGGAGCUUUAGAGGAUGUCUUUAACAGGCAGCAGGACGGUGGUUCUACUGUAACUGCUAGCAGUGAUGUUGAUAAUCUGAUUAAACUCUUGACUUCCUCUUCUGAAACAAAUGAGUUGCAGAAUGACCACAAAGAACUAAACAUAGACCCACCUCAAACUGAGGUUACUGAUGUUCCCAUUGAUAAUUCAACUUCAACUCCAAAUGCUAUGGUUCAUGUAACAGAAAAAAACCACCUUGGAGCCGUGGUUGCAGACUCUGAACAUGGAGCUUUAGAAGAUAUCCUUAACAGGCAGCAGGAUGGUGUCUCUACUGCCAGUGCUGGCAGUGAUGUUGAUAAUCUGAUCAAACUCUCGGCUUCCUCUUCUGAAACAAAAGAGUUGCAGGAUGACAACAAAGAACUAAAGAUAGACCCACCUCAAACCAUGGUUACUGGUGUUCCCAUAGAUAAUUCAGCUUCAACUCCUAAUGCUAUGGUUCAUGUAAAUGAAAAGAGCUACCAGGGAGCCGCUGCUGCAGAUUCUGAACAUGGAGCUUUAGAAGAUAUGUUUAAUAGGCAGCAGGAUGGUGGUUCUACUGUCAUUGCGGGCAGUGAAGUUAAUAAUCAGAUGAAACUCUCGGCUUCCUCUUCUGAAAUAAAAGAGUUGCAGAAUGAGUGCAAAGAACUAAAGAGACAUCCUUCUCAAACCAGGAUUACUGAUGUUGCUGUGGGAGCUGUUGACUCACCUACAAAUGCAGAGCAAAGUGCUGCAAAAAGAGGCCUUAUUGAUACAGCAGCUCCAUUUGAAUCUGUCAAGGAAGCUGUUUCCAAGUUUGGAGGAAUCGUGGAUUGGAAGGCUCAUCGAGCCCAAACCGUGGAGAGACGCAAGAAUGUAGAACAAGAACUUGAAAAAGCACAUGAGGAGAUCCCAGAGUACAGAAAAAAAUCAGAGGCUGCUGAACAAGCAAAAGUCCAUGUACUGCAAGAGCUGGACAGCACUAAGAGGCUAAUAGAGGAACUAAAACUUAACCUAGAGAGGGCACAAACAGAAGAGCGUCAAGCAAGACAGGACUCGGAACUUGCAAAGCUCAGGGUGGAAGAGAUGGAGCAGGGUAUUGCAGAUGAAUCUAGCGUCGCAAAGAAGGCACAACUUGAGGUAGCUAAAGCCAGGUAUACAGCUGCUAUUACAGAGUUAACAUCUGUGAAAGAGGAGCUGGACGCAUUGCGUAAGGAAUAUGCUUCCUUAGUUAUUGAGAAAGGUGAAGCUGCUAAGAAAGCUGAAGAGGCUGUUGCUGCGUCAAAGCAAGUAGAGAAGACAGUGGAAGAUUUGACUAUUGAGCUAAUUGCCACAAAGGAGUCAUUGGAAACUGCACAUGCUGCACACAUGGAAGCCGAGGAACACAGAAUAGGAACAGUGAUGGCAAGAGAUCAAGAUUCUCUUAAUUGGGAGAAGGAACUUAAACAAGCAGAAGAAGAGCUCCAGAGACUCAACCAGAAAAUUUUGUCUGCUAAGGAUCUCAAAUCUAAACUGAGCACAGCCUCUGCUUUGCUGCUUGAUUUGAAAGCUGAAUUAAAUGUUUAUAUGGAAUCAAAGUCAAAUGAAGAAGGUGAUGAAGAAGGAGUCUCAAAAGGAGACGUAGAGAAACGACAGAAGAAGACACAUAAUGAAAUACAAGCAGCAGUUGAAUCAGCCAAAAAGGAACUUGAGGAAGUAAAGCUUAACAUAGAGAAAGCAACAGCUGAGGUUAAUUACUUAAGGGUGGCCGUAGCAUCAUUAAAAUCAGAAAUUGAAAAGGAGAAAUCAUCUCUUGCCUCCAUUAGGCAGAGGGAGGGAAUGGCCUCCGUUACAGUUGCAUCUCUUGAAGCUGAACUAGACAACACUAGAUCAGAAAAAGUUUUGGUUCAGACGAGGGAAAAAGAAGGUAGAGAGAGAAUGAUCGAGCUUCCCAAGAAACUACAGCAAGCAGCUGAAGAGGCUAAUCAGGCAAACUUGCUUGCUCAAGCAGCUCGUGAAGAGCUGCGGAAAGUAAAGGAGGAGGCAGAGCAAGCCAAGGCUGGUGCAAGUACAAUGCAAAGUAGAUUACUCGCAGCUCAAAAGGAGAUAGAGGCUGCAAGGGCUUCUGAAAGGUUGGCGAUAGCAGCAAUCAAAGCAUUGCAAGAGAGUGAAUUGGCUAGAAGCAACAAUGCAGUGGAUUCAUCCACUGGGGUCGCACUUUCAUUGGAGGAAUACUAUCAGCUUAGCAAACAAGCCCAUGACGCAGAAGAGCAAGCCAAUAUGAGGGUUGCUGCUGCUAAUUCUGAAAUUGAGAUAGCUAAGGAGUCUGAAUUGAAAACCUUGGAGAAGUUUAAUGAAGUGAAUCGAGAGAUGGCUGCUAGAAGGGAAUCUCUGAAGAUUGCAAUGGAUAAAGCCGAGAAAGCAAGGGAAGGAAAAUUAGGUGUAGAACAAGAAUUAAGAAAGUGGAGGGCUGAACACGGGCAACAAAGAAAGGCUGGUGAUUUAGGCCAAGGAGUGGUAAACCAAAAUAACAGUCCCAGGGUUAGUUUCAACAGGAGUAAAGAAUCAAAUAACUUUGACCAAGCUCACAAUGCAGCCAUUCCUGUACAUUACGUGAGUCCAAAGGCCUAUGUCCACACAAACAACAAUGAAACUGGAUCAUCCCCGGAAACAAAAACUGGAAAGAAGAAGAAGAAGUCAUUCUUUCCGCGGUUUUUGAUGUUCUUUGCUAGAAGAAAAGCACAUCCAACCCAUUCAGGGUAAUCCAUAUUGAAACUAAAUGCAUUGUUAUGCUGUAGUUACCUGAACAUCUCAUCCUUUGGGAGAUUAUUUGGAAUUAUGCCAUACUUGUACAUGUUAGUGACAGCUGUAUGUGUGGUUGACUGGAUUAUACUCCGUGUAACUGAGAGGAUUAUGAAUGGUCUCCUGCUCAGUGCUUCAAGAGGACGAAAUAAUAAGUUCAUCAUUAAAAGAAAAAAAUGAGAUGAUUCUGUAUUGUGUAUAGGCUUCUGGCAUAUUGAACCUCGGCUUCUGUAAAGAUCUGUGUGAGAUUUGAUCAAAAUCAAAGAAAUUUUUGGAGUUUGAGAUUUGAAAUAUUAUGAAUGGCAUGGUGUGUGCAUAUUGGAAACCCGUGAUUAAAUUGACAGGGUGAAAGUAAAAGUUUCGAAA